UUACCAACGUUGUUGUUCAAUUACCCACAAUCCUUUGAUUCACUGUUCGACCACCGAACAAUAACGACUGUAAUAGAACCCGCACCCGUGGUUCGCCAUUCAUUAUCAGUUCACUUGAACAACGAACAGCCCGAAAAAUCUCAAAGGACAAGCCAGGCUCUGAUAUAAAACCGCUUCAAUCCUUUCAGAAAUCUUUCAUCCUGCAAGACUCAUCACAAGGAUUACUCAAAGCAAUCUCUGAGCAACACUCGACAACAACACAAUCGUGUCAACAGCAAUUUCUUUUCGAGAUACCCUCGCACGCUACUUUCAUUUCUACCACACCUUUUUAACUGCGACAAAAUGCAUUUCCCGUCUGUCGCUGCGUGCCUCGGUCUGGCUGGUCUAGCCCAGGCACAUAUGGAGAUGAUUUACCCUCCCCCCUUCAAGUCAAAAUCCAACCCCAAUGCUGGUAGCGAUGUCGACUACAGCAUGACCGCCCCUCUCGACGCAAGCGGCGCCAAUUUCCCUUGCAAGGGCUACCACUCCCUCUUUGGUACUAAGGAGGGUGCCUCGGUCGCGGACUGGGCAGCCGGCGGUUCCUACAACAUGAGCAUCACCGGCGGUGCUAACCACGGUGGUGGUAGUUGCCAGGCUUCCCUCUCCUACGACAAAGGAAAGUCUUGGAAGGUCAUCCACUCAUACAUCGGCAACUGUCCUGGUGCUGGUACCACCACCUUCGACUUCAAGGUCCCCAGCGACGCUCCAUCCGGCGAGGCUAUCUUCGCCUGGUCGUGGUUCAAUCAGAUCGGUAAUCGUGAGAUGUACAUGAAUUGCGCUGCCGUCACUAUUGGUGGUGGCUCCGGCAAGCGAGCAGAUGCCAUGAGCAACCGUCCUGAGAUGUUCGUUGCUAACGUCGGAAAUGGCUGCACUACCGAGGAGUCGUCCGAUCUCGAAUUCCCCGAUCCUGGUCCCGAUGUGAGCAACGACUCCCAGAAGACUGCUGGCCCCAAGGGUACUUGUGGUAAGGCAGGAUCUGGUAGUGGCUCCGGCUCCGGCUCCGGCUCCGGUGAUGGUAACAACGGUGCUGUUCCUAGCACUCCCGCUGACGGCUCCGCUGGCGGCAACAACGGUGCUGCUCCAAGUGCUCCUGCUGCCCCUACUCAAACUCAGCCUGCUGCUCAACCUUCAGCCCCUGCCGCUCAGCCAUCAGCUCCAGCUGCCGGCGCCCCUUCAGCGUAUGUACCCUCUCUCUCUUCUAUUGGUAAUGCCCCUGACUCACAAACUCAUAGUCCUGGUGGUGUUUUCGUCACCGUCUCUCAGCCUGCUGAGGCUACUGGUGCCCCUGCUCCUUCAGCUCCCGCCGCAACCAGCACUCUCUUGACCAUGACCAAACCUGCUCCCGGAACUGGCGGUCAGCCUGUUCCUACCAGUGUUGGUAGCCCUGAGCCUGCUCCUACCACCCCCACUGCUCCUGGUACUGGUGCAGGUGAGGGUGGCUCUGGCUCCGGUUCUGAAGAGACUGCUGGUACUGCAUGCAGUGAUGAGGGCGCCUGGAACUGCAUUGGUGGAACCAAGUACCAGCGUUGCGCUUCCGGUCGCUGGUCUGUUGUUCAAUCUAUGGCCGCUGGCACAACCUGCUCUGGCAAUAAGAGCUCGGCUAUGGCCUUUGGUUUCGGUCGCCGACUUGCCAUUCGAGGUCGCCAGGUCUAAGGCUAUCUUGAACUAGAGCUGAGCUGCAAUUCGGAAUGUCAAGAGGAAGGAGAGCAAAAUAGACCAGCAUAUACCUUGCUUGACGUUCUGGAAGAGUGGAUGGAAGGGUUUGGGAGUUUUUAUCUUCAUGUACAAUAACUGGAAUAGGAAUCAGACUCAUGGAUCUUUCAAAACACUUAUUUCGACAUGGCUGUGAUUGUUAAUUGUAGAAUAUGGCUCAUCG